GCGCAUCACUUGGAUGGUACUAUGACGCUGGAAACAUUUGAGCGCUCAUAAGGACGCAUAAACUUUGAGAUUUCACAGGACAAUCCACGGGUGGGAUGAAGAAUUAAAGUCUAGAAGAGUUUGUGGCAGGAUGUCUAAACCAAUGGAUCACGUCAAACGCCCGAUGAACGCCUUUAUGGUCUGGUCCAGAGCCCAGCGCAGGAAAAUGGCUCAGGAGAACCCGAAGAUGCACAACUCUGAGAUCAGCAAGCGGCUGGGAGCGGAGUGGAAACUUCUCACCGAGUCCGAGAAAAGGCCGUUCAUUGACGAAGCCAAGCGGCUCAGGGCGAUGCACAUGAAGGAGCAUCCAGACUACAAGUACAGACCGAGGCGGAAGCCUAAAACUUUGAUGAAGAAAGAUAAGUUUUCCUUCCCGGUGCCGUAUAAUCUCGGGGAGCACGACGCGCUCAAAGUUAGCGGACUUUCCGCCGGCGCGCUUUCCGAGUCCGUCAUUGGAAACCCGGACAAAGCGGCUGCGGCUGCGGCCGCCGCAGCUGCCAGGGUCUUCUUCAACCCCUCCAUGUCUACGAACCCCUACUCGUUUUUCGACCUGGGAUCCAAGAUGACCGAGCUUUCCCCUCCUUCGUUUCCUUACGCGUCUCCUCUGGGCUACCCGCCGGGAGGCGCGUUCACCGGGACCGGAGGAGUGGGCGGUGGGACGCACACCCAUACUCACUCUCAUCCAUCUCCGGGUAACCCGGGCUACAUGAUCCCAUGUAACUGUACAGCCUGGCCCUCGGCGGGGCUGCAGCCGCCCUUAGCCUACAUCUUACUGCCCGGAAUGGGGAAACCUCAGCUUGAACCUUAUCCUGCAUAUGCUGCGGCGUUAUGAUAGUCCCGCUUCAGAAAGGUGACUGAUUUGUCCAUGCAAGAUUUUUUUUUAAGUUAUGCAUGCAAAAAAAAAAAGAAGAAAAAAACAAAAAUUUGUACAUGUGAUGAAGUGCUCGUCCUCUCAAAUAUCACAUGUUUAUGUACAUUGAUUAAUGCCUUUAUCUAAGGUAAUGCUUAUUUUAGAGAACUCUCUACUCCAUAUUGUCCAGCCAAGAAGAUGACUGAACAAGGAGCACGGAUUUAAGCUAUUGAGCAUCUUUUUCAACUGCAGGACAAACCUGUUGGAAUCAUGACCAACUUGUCACCCCCCUCCUCUCAUCAGGACCACAACUGUUUACUUUCAGAUGAGGAGAGGGUGGGGGGAUUAGUGGAUCAAUGAGGAGGACUGCCCUAACACUGUAAAUGUAAAUGUGUACAGAUCCCAAAAAUGACUUAGCUUAUUUGCCGUUAUAGGCUUUAGUGUUUGAAAAACUCCAGUAGAAACACAGUGUAUAUAUUUUGAGUUUUUUUUAAAAACUGUUUUAUAGAUGUCUGUGAUAUUUAUUGUUUUAGUGGAAUCUAUGGUAAGCCAGACAAUUAAAAAAAGGAGAUUUGCACAUGAAAUUCAAAAGAUGUAAUUUAUUUCAAAGCUUUCUUUUUUUUAAGUGGGGGGUAAAAAAGUUUGGAAGGAGUUGGAGAUUUAUUAUUUUUUCCACUUCCCACUCCUUGUCAUGUGCAUCAAGAAAAAAUGGAGUUCCUUUUUAACUAACUCAUAUUGAAUUUGUAUGUUUUGUGUUUUCCUUUAACAUCCCAUUAUGUACAUCAAACUAUUGUUGAGCAAAAGGACUACAAUAAAACCUAUUCGGAUUAAAUGGAA